AUGGCUGAUGUCUAUGACGAAUACGACUACGAUGGCUACGUCGAAGAAGACGACACCAGCAUCACGCCCGAGGACUGCUGGACUGUCAUAUCCUCGUUCUUUGAGUCCAAGGGCCUAGUUUCUCAGCAGGUCGACUCUUUCGACGAGUUUACCUCUUCUACCGUUCAAGAGCUGAUUGACGAAUACUCUCAAAUCACUUUAGACCAGCCGAAUCCUAUGUCCGACAGCGACAAGGUCAUCGCCCUCCGUCGAUAUGAAGUCAAGUUUGGCACUGUCAUGGUCUCCCGACCCUCCAUUACCGAGGCUGACGGAAAAGUCACAACGUUACUCCCCUACGAGUGUCGCGAUCGAAACCUCACCUAUGCGAGUCCACUCUACGUUAAGAUCACCAAGAAGGUCUCGAUUGCGGUAGAGAAACCCAUCCCUUUGAACGAACUCGACGAGGAGCAGCAGGACGAGCUUGCCAACACUGGCGAACAUCCCACCAAACUUGAGUGGGAAGAGGAGGAAAGUGGCGAGGACUAUGGCGCCGAUAAGAACAAGUCGGAUGACAUGAAGGACAUGAUCUUCAUUGGAAGGAUGCCCAUCAUGGUUAAGUCCAAAAUUUGUCACUUGAGCAGCGAGCAGGAAGAUGAUUUGUUCAUGUUGAACGAGUGUCCCUACGACCAGGGAGGCUACUUCAUCAUCAACGGCAGUGAGAAGGUUCUCAUUGCUCAGGAACGAUCGGCCGCCAAUAUCGUCCAGGUCUUCAAGAAGGCUCAGCCAAGUCCUUAUUCCUACACCGCCGAGAUUCGCAGUGCUCUGGAGAAGGGCUCGCGACUGAUUUCCAGCAUGAUGCUGAAGCUCUACAGCAAGGGCGACGCAGCGAAGGGUGGAUAUGGCCAGACCAUUCACUGCAGUCUGCCCUACGUCAAGGCCGACUUGCCGAUUGCCAUCGUCUUCCGAGCGUUGGGCGUUGUUUCUGAUGAGGAUAUCCUCAAUCAUAUUUGCUACGACCGAAAUGAUAGCCAGAUGCUCGAGAUGCUGCGACCAUGCAUCGAAGAGGCCUUCUGUAUCCAAGAUAGAGAGGUAGCACUCGACUUCAUUGGCAAGCGAGGCAGCAACCACAACAUUCCGAGAGAAAAGCGCGUGAGGACAGCCAAGGACAUUCUGCAGAAAGAAACUCUGCCGCACAUCUCGCAGAGCGAAGGUAGUGAGACUCGGAAGGCAUUCUUCCUAGGCUACAUGGUUCACAAGCUGCUCCAGUGUGCGCUGGGCCGACGCGAUACUGACGAUCGUGAUCACUUUGGAAAGAAGCGUCUCGACCUUGCUGGUCCUCUACUCGCUAAGCUCUUCCGCAACAUCGUUCGCCGCAUGAACCAGGAGCUGUCUGGCCAUCUCAAACGCUGCGUUGAGUCAAAUCGGCAGUUCAGUCUGACCCUUGGCGUCAAGCCCCAGACCCUAUCCAAUGGUCUGAAGUACUCUUUGGCCACAGGUAACUGGGGAGACCAGAAGAAGGCCAUGAGUUCAACGGCCGGUGUGUCUCAGGUGUUGAACCGUUACACUUUCGCGUCCACCCUGUCCCAUCUUCGUCGCACAAAUACGCCUAUCGGUCGUGACGGCAAGCUAGCGAAGCCCCGACAGCUACACAACACCCAUUGGGGCUUGGUGUGCCCUGCCGAAACUCCAGAAGGUCAAGCUUGUGGUCUCGUCAAGAACCUGUCACUCAUGUGCUAUGUCAGUGUAGGCACGCCUGCUGAGCCCAUCAUUGACUACAUGAUUCAAAGAGGCAUGGAAGUGCUCGAGGAGUACGAGCCGCUGAGAUAUCCCAACGCUACUAAGGUCUUUCUUAAUGGAGUUUGGGUUGGAGUUCAUCAAGACCCAAGAAUCCUGGUGCCUGAUGUUCAGGGUACCCGUCGGCGAAAUGUCAUCUCUCAUGAGGUGUCUCUCGUCCGUGACAUCCGAGACCGCGAGUUCAAGAUCUUCUCCGAUGCUGGUAGGGUCAUGAGACCUGUAUUCGUUGUGGAGCAAAGCGCAAAUGGCAUUGUACCCCAGGGCUCACUUGUGCUGCAAAAGGCGACGGUCAACGAGAUGCGCGACCAGCAAGAGAAUCCGCCGGACAACCCAGCCGACAAGAUCACAUGGGAAUCACUUGCUCAUAGUGGAGUCAUCGAGUACCUCGACGCCGAAGAGGAGGAGACGGCUAUGAUUUGCAUGACUCCCGAGGACCUGGAGAUCUACCGGCUGCAAAAACAAGGUCAAGUGGUCGAGGACAACACGGAUGGCCCCAACAGUCGUUUGAAGACUAAGAUCAACCCCACAACGCACAUGUAUACCCAUUGCGAAAUUCACCCAAGUAUGCUACUGGGUAUCUGCGCUAGUAUCAUUCCCUUCCCCGAUCAUAACCAGUCUGCCAUGGGCAAGCAAGCCAUGGGCUUCUUCCUGACCAACUACACGCGCAGGAUGGACACCAUGGCCAACAUUCUCUACUACCCACAAAAGCCGCUUGCUACUACCCGAUCCAUGGAGUUUCUGAAGUUCAGAGAACUGCCAGCCGGUCAAAACGCCAUCGUCGCCAUUGCCUGUUACUCAGGCUACAACCAGGAGGAUUCCGUGAUUAUGAAUCAGAGCAGCAUCGAUCGUGGCCUCUUCCGAAGUCUGUUCUUCCGAUCUUACACGGACUGUGAGAAGCGUGUGGGAAUCAACCUGGUCGAGCAGUUUGAGAAGCCGUUCAGGAGUGACACGUUGCGCCUGAAACACGGCACAUAUGACAAGCUGGACGACGAUGGUAUCGUGGCCCCUGGUGUCCGUGUCUCAGGAGAAGACAUCAUCAUCGGAAAAACGUCGCCCAUCAGCCCGGACAACGCGGAACUCGGCCAGCGGACAACCCAGCAUGUCAAGCGUGACGCGUCUACUCCCCUCAGAAGUACCGAAAAUGGUAUCGUAGACCAGGUCAUUGUUACCACUAACCAAGAUGGUCUCCGGUACGUCAAGGUCCGUGUUAGGACAACCAAGAUUCCGCAGAUUGGUGACAAGUUCGCGUCGCGUCACGGUCAGAAGGGUACCAUUGGUGUCACCUACCGACAAGAGGACAUGCCCUUCACUGCCGAGGGCAUCACGCCGGAUAUCAUCAUCAACCCACACGCCAUUCCGUCUCGUAUGACCAUUGCCCAUUUGAUUGAGUGUCUGCUUAGUAAGGUCUCGACCUUGAAGGGCAUGGAGGGUGAUGCCACACCCUUCACGGACGUGACAGUCGACUCAGUCUCACAGCUCCUCCGAGACCAGGGAUAUCAGUCGAGAGGCUUUGAGAUCAUGUACAAUGGCCAUACUGGGCGCAAGCUGCGAGCCCAAGUCUUCUUUGGACCGACGUACUACCAGCGCCUGCGUCACAUGGUUGAUGACAAGAUCCACGCUCGUGCUCGUGGUCCCGUUCAGAUCAUGACCAGACAGCCCGUCGAAGGUCGUGCCCGCGAUGGUGGUCUACGUUUCGGAGAGAUGGAGCGUGAUUGUAUGAUUGCUCACGGUGCUGCAUCCUUCCUCAAGGAGAGACUGUUCGAAGUCUCUGAUGCAUUCCGAGUACACGUUUGCGAGAUUUGCGGCUUGAUGACGCCUAUCGCAAACCUCUCGAAGCAGUCAUUUGAGUGCCGGCCAUGCAAGAACAAGACGAAGAUUGCGCAGAUUCAUAUUCCCUAUGCGGCGAAACUUCUCUUCCAGGAGCUGCAGUCGAUGAACAUCGCGGCUCGCAUGUUCACUAACAGGUCCGGAGUCUCUAUCAGGUAA